AUGACUACUCUUACACUUAAUUGUUGUGUCAAGGAAACAGCUCUUGGAAACCAAGACUAUUUCAAAAUUAUUAUUGAUACAGAUAAAAACGGUCAUGAUUUAAAAAAAUUAAUUUGGGAAAAUAUAGGAAUCCUUGAUAUCAACAUACCCGUAUGGAAAGUGAAAAUCCCUUUUAGUGAAAAAGAAAAUUUGCAACUCGAAAACGUUGAAGGAAUGGAGAUAAAAAACGAAAGUAGUGUUGAAGAAAUUUUUAACAACCGGGUUGAAGACAAUAUUUAUAUUCAAGUAUAUCACGUGUGCAAGAUGUGCAAGAUAUGCAAAAUAUGUGGAAAAAAUAAUUUGUCUUACCUACGAACUACUUCAAAGUGUGAAACAAGUAACUUAAUGAUACAUCAAGAAGAAUACGCAAAACAUCUCGGGGAUCGUAAAAUUGAAACAGUAGAUGACUUUGAGCAACUCAAAAAGCUUAUGGGAGCCAGAAUAGCCUUUCUUAAUAAAUUUGAAAAAGAAGGGAAAAAUCUGGAAGCUUUUGUAGGUCCGGGAAUAGUUGAUGAUAAACUUUCAUUGAUUGUUAUUUUCCCUGACGAAACGGUAGAAAUCUGUCUACCAGCAACUUUUGAAGGAUACCAAGUGCUCUUUAGAUACGGAGUUGCUCAAUUAGCUUCUAAUCCUCGAGUUUAUCAUGAAAUACUCAGGCCCGGUAUUAGCAUUGGAUGUUCAGAAGCCGAAAAUGCCUUCACAUUAGGAGCUUUCUUCCAGACAAGCGACAAGAAAUUUAUACUUACUGCGGGACAUGCAAUUGGAGAGGGAAGAUUUGAAAACGAUCCAAAAACAAGUCCCUGCGCGCAAGUUACAUUCAAAUUCCAUGGUGUUAACGAGAGUAGUAAUCUUUUAGAUUACGCUUUUUGUGAAGUGGAAAAUUGUCACAGGGUGCCAUUAGUUAAUACAAACAAACCACUUGGUGAUACUGAAAUCGUUAUUCAUAAGUGCAAGAGUUUUAUUAGAAAUGACCCAAAAGCUAUGUCAUAUGUUUAUAAAUGUGGCAGAACAAGUUACCUCACAAAAGGAAUAAUAACUGAUCAAAUGAUGUACUUUUAUACUGAUACAUUUGGAAAAGUAUUAAAAGUAUCUGCUUUACUCGUUUCUGGCAUAAAUGGACAACCAUUUGGCAAACUUGGUGAUUCAGGAUCGGCCGUGUUUGACAACGAUGGAUGCUUAUGGGGAAUAUAUUAUGCAUUUGACGGCCCGUACCAUUUUGUAAUUCCUAUACAUCUGAUACUAAGUGAUGUCCAAACAAGAUAUGGAGUUGGUCUUACACUUAUUGAUCCAGCCAAUCGUAGCCUAAUUAUGUAA